CAGAGACUGUUUAUGUAUCUUGCACAGGCAGUCCCAAAUCUUGGAGACAGACACCAGGACAUGCAGUUUCCUCCCACAUGAGUACCCUGUGUCAGUGAGUGGGAGCAGGGUAGUGCUGUGCCCAUGCAAUGGCUCAGUGAGCCUCUAUUUCCUCCCUGUCCCUUCCUCAGACUGGCUGUCACCCAGCUGUGGGGAGCAGAAGCCAGAGGUCUGAGCCACAUUUGUCAGAGGUAAGAAAGGUUUCUUGUUUCUUUUGAAGUAAAAGGGUCUUUGAUUAAAGAGACAAAAUAUUGUUUAUUAAUUAUUAAACUAAACUUUUUUGUACGUCUGUUUUGUUUUUUGAAAGGAAGUCUAUGCUUUCAAUGAGUAUUCAGACAAGUGUAAUGAGAGGUGAUGGAAGGAAAGUGAAAAGUGGAAUGAUGGAGGAGAUGUGUCAGAAACAUCCCACAGGAGAAGGUACUUUCACUAUUGAAGUGCUGGGACCCCCGGCCCCAGGUAAGUGCUGAGGGAAGAAAACACUAGCAAAAUCAUUUUUUGCUGACAGGUCAUGGUCUGGGCGAUCAACAAUUUCUUUUACUGAUCUCACCCUGUGAAUUAUUGGAGUGGACUUUGUACAUGUGAUACCACUGUCACACAAGCUGUUAACUUAAUCCCACUGUGAUGAGACAGCACCCAGUGCCAGGUAGAGUGUGGCCACUGUCUGUCCCCAGUGAGGACUUGGGCACUUGAACUCUGACCUCUGAGGGGAUCCAACAGCCAGGAACAGAUGCUGCCAAGUGUUGCAUCAACCUUGCCAUACGAGUGACCAAAAAAGUGCUGAAAACCAUUUUUUUCCCCAGAUAUGUCCUAGCCAAGGGCUGAAGGGCAUGCAGGGCCUGGUUUUUCAAAGAUGUUUGUCUGGGAUGAAGGAGAGGAAGCAGUGGCUCUCUACAGAAUAUCCCAAACAGCAUUCCACUAAUUUAAAUGCAAAUCAGUCCUGAAUCUACAGGAUAUUGUGAGAUACCACAGCAGUGCCAUAUUUAAGGAUGGUUUCAGGUUCUCAAGAUGACAGUAGAAACAUGACACUUCACCUGGAUAUUACCUCAAGAUUGAAAAACUAGAAGGCAGACUAUCCCAGCCAGCACCUGCAGGGCCCUUGCAGUGCAAACCCAGCAGUGGAAACAAGCUGGGAGGGCAUCUGGAAGGUAUUUGCUGCUGAAGCCUGAGCACAUCUUCUCUUGAGCUGUGACAAGCUGCCUGAUGGAUUCCAGGGAGUUUCUUCCUUUCACUAACACUCCACAAAAAAGUUAAUCUACCUGACUAAUGGGCUGAGAACAGCUGAAAUCCACGUGUUUGGUGUGGCUUUGCUGUGGUUGUGUUCUCAGGUUUGGGCAAGAAAAAUAAGUAGGUCUCUGUUAGUGAUUUGGUUCCAAAAAAUGCCAGAGCCCCACAAUACUGGGUGUCUUUUUAUCUGAGUUUUUGCAAAGUCAAGUAAGAAAAUCAUUCCAGGAAAGAAAUCAGCAAGGAAUUGAAAAAGAGACCUGCUGUGAAUAUAUAAUUAAAAGUCUCAUUGACCCAUUGAGGGGGAAAGAGGAUUGCUAUUUGAAAUAAAAAAAGAGUGUUGCAAAAGUUGACAAGAGCUCUCUGAAAUGACAGGCGGAAUAGGAGCAGCAGAGGAAUACUCAGAACCUUGUUUCCUGUGACUCUUCCUCACUUGGGUACUAAUGAAGUCCUAAACUUAUGAGAACUGUCCGUGCCCACCCUAGUUCAUCUGUGGCAUCUGUGCCUGUUUACCAACACAAAUCUUUACUCAGGAAGAAAAAUAUGGGUAUGAGUGUGGCCAUCCAAACAGAGACACUUUGUACCCCAGAAAAUGGCAAUGAGGAACCCAAACCCCACAAAACCGGAGAGCCAUUUGGCUCCUGACUCUGCCAAUAGUUUACUUGUACAAAGUACCUUUGUACUGGGGAUUAAUGGCAGGAAAUAUAAACUCCAAAGGCUAGUGGAAACCUGGGAAAUGCCAGAGGUUAAAGCCAGAAACUUUUAUUAAUGUGGUAAUGCUAGGAAAGGAAGUGAGUUUAAACAUAAUUUCUGAACUAAAAGAAUCUUACCACAAAGCCACAGUAGGAAAAUGUGGGUUUGCUAAUUUGGCUUCUUUUUUUUUCUUUUUUUUUCUUCCCCUUAGAGCUGCUAGUGCUGGCACUGGUUACCUGCCUUACCCAGGCAAGGCCUACUGCGAUGACGGGAUUUGCAAUCCACCUUGAGCAGGCAACUGGAAAGAUGACCAGAUUAGCAGCUUCUUAUAAAAAUACACAUAAAUUACAGCUCUCACCAUCUAACAUUAUCCCACCUGACAAGAAAAGGGGCCUGCGAUUAAAAUUGCUCAGAACAGAAACAAGUUUGAGCUGGUUUCUGUUCUCAUGAGGAUCUGCUCAGGGGCUGAAGGAAGGAGAAGGAAGUCAGCUUGGUGUGGAUGAAAGUUGGCCAUGCCCACACACUGCACUUCAGUAGUUUUCCAGCACUCUGUAAAGCUCAGUUCAGUGGCUUUCCUCUGCCUGUGAUGGUGGAACAGGUUUUUUUUGCAGUUUUGAUUAUAAAAAAACAAACGGCACUAAUUAGCAAACAAAGACAGUGCGAUGGAGCAAAAAUCUCAAUCUGGGCACACCCUCUCAUCAGGGAGGGUAAAUAAACAGCUUUUCUCUAUUUUCAGCUCUCAUUCUUCAGAUUUGAACUCCACCCAUUGUACCAGUCACCCCCAAAAGAAUCAGCAGGUCUCCUGGCAAAGGUAUAAAACCAGAACAAGUCAGGACACUAUCACAUAGUGUGCUAUACAUCACCAGGUACUCAAUUUUAUCAAAGGAGAGGACUUCAACACGUGUCAGAAGCCACAAUGUCGGGUAAAACCUUCCAGGGACUGAAGGAACAAGCUGAAGGUGCAGCGAAAGAUGCUGCAAACACACUGGGACAGGCCACUCAGGAUGCAGUCAACCAGAUUACAGAUGCAAGCCAGAAAGCUUUUGACAAGGCUUCCAAGACAGCACAAGAUGGAGUAGAAAAAGUGGCUGGACAGGCUGCAGAAGCAAUGUCUGGCUUUGGGAAAAAAUGUGGAUUUAAAAAAUGAUGCUAAUUCAAGUCAACAGUACUGCUUGUAUAAAUCUCUCUUUGGUCUGCUAUUGCCUACUUCUUUGUGUAGAAAAAUGAAAGCUGUUUGAUAUCUGGAUAAUUUUGUUCUCUUCAAAUACAAAUUUUUAAGGCAGAAGGUCUUCCUCAUCCUUUAUGUAGAAAACAUACAUAAUUUAGCACGUCUGCUCACAAUUGUCAACAUGGCUGAAAAGGUUUCAGCAAUGCUGUUGCCCUGCUCUUAUAACAGCUCAGUGAUUAUUGCCACAUUUGCUGAGUGUAUUUACAAAGCCAGUGAAACUGUUCAUAAUUAGGACACCAGAACAGUCAUGUGAUGAAACUGAGUCUUCUUCCAAUAAUCAAAAAUUAAGCUGGGGUUAUAUUUCUUGUCAGUUGUUUGUUUGUUCCAAUCCUCUGCACUUUUAGAUUAAGAUAAAUAAAGGUACUGUAAGAUUUCCCCUA